AUGUGCCGCUGGAACGACGAUGGCAAUCUGAGUCUCGCGGUGUCGGAAAUCUCGAACCCAGCGCGUGUUUGCGGCCUCAUUGGGUUCAACACGAGGGACGGCCGAAUGGAAGUGGGAUACCUCAUCCACCCCGACGUCUGGGGCAAAGGCUACGCAACUGAAGCUGUGCAAGCCUCGAUUCAAGCGUGGUGGGAAGGCUAUGAGGGCGUCACGCCAAGGGAGCACUUGAAGGAUGAGCUGUACGCCUUCACGCACGCAAACAAUGAGCGUAGCUAUCGAGUUCUCAAGAAGUCACAUCGAGAGAUCAUAACUGUAACUAUGCAGCUACAAAGUAUCAAUAUUCUCACCAUGAAAGACCAGCCCGGAAGCCAGGACAGUUCAUCUAUUCAAUCCCUCACUGUCAACAUGGCGGAAACAUCGGACGCCCCCCCUCCCAGCCACUCCUCCCGCAUAUCCAAUUCCACCAAACUCCUCCUCGGCGGCUCACUUUUCUUCGUCCUCUCCACGCUCAUCACCCGUCGCUCCCUGAGCCGCCGUCGCCUCGCCUCCAUCCCACCAUACUAUACCAGCGCCACAAAUCACAAACCGCCUGUCAAUGGAGCCAUGGAGGCCCUGGAGGCACUCAAUAUCGCUACUAUCAACGUCGCUAGCUUGGCCAUGAUUGGGGUCGGCGGUGCCAUGUACGCCUUCGAUGUCAAUGGGAUGGACGACUUGAGAAGAAAGGUGCGCGGCGGUUUGGGCGUCGACGGGUCGGGAAGGAGUGAGAAGGAGGUGGAGGAGGAGCUGGAGGAGUGGGUGGUCACCGUCCUCAAUAGAAAGGCGGAGAAGGAGAAGAAUGCUGGGGAUGAGUCCCGAGAGAAGUCCUGGCUCAAUGAACGAGGAAAGGAGAGAUAG